GGGGAAACACGGUAUUUAUUGUAUACAGCCCUAGCGGCGUAAGCACGUGAAUCACAAAGAAUAAUGAAGACAUUCCAGAUAUUCUGGUUUACAAUUUUAAUGCACGUUGCAAGCUGUCAUAUGCCAAAUGUAUCUGAAUUCUGCUCACACGUUGUGGCAAAUGGAAACACGAGUCAGUUGACUUGUGAUUCGAGUCAAUGCCAAGGCAGGCCUGGUAAACGCGGAUCACAAGGACCAAGAGGAUUAUCAGGAUCAAAAGGUCAAAAAGGCGAACAAGGAACUGCCGAGAAUCUGGAAGAAAGAAUUAGAAAACUGGAAAGUUCGCUUGCAAAGACAAGUCAGAUUGUUGAGGCUUUACCAAAGAGUGCGUAUUGUUUUAUGGGAAUGAGAAACAGAGAUAUACCGGACUCAGCUAUCAGGGCUUCCUCGAUAUGGGACGGAACUCAUAACGCGUAUGAUGGAAGGCUUGAUAACAGAGAAAAACCAAGAAAUUAUGGAGCAUGGGCGGCCCGGCACAAUCGAAAAGGCGAAUGGCUUCAAGUAGAUUUCGGAAGACCAAAACUAGUUGGUGGAAUAAUUACACAAGGAAGAGAGAGUUACGAUCAAUGGGUUCGCUCUUUCAAGAUUUCUUGUGGUCGAACUACUAGUUCUUUGGCUACCAUACGUAAGAUAUUUACAGGUAACUCUGACAGAGAUACCAAAAAGAUCAACAUGUUUCCAAAUCCAAUUACUUGUCGAUAUAUUAGGGUUUACCCUCAAUCUUGGCGUAAUCACAUCUCAAUAAGGGUCGAAUUUAUCAACGGAGUAUGCCAUGAUUUGUACACAUAA